AUUUGUGUUUGUCUGUCAGAUCUCCGUGCAGUGCGCUCCGAGGCAGACCUCCCUGCUUCACAUUGCUUCAGUGUUUUGGAGAGUAACCUGUCCGUCGGAGAAGCAUGAAAACUGGGAUUCAGCAGCUCACAGGACGAGUGAGCUGAAGGGCCAUCAGCAGGCGACCAUGUGCAGCUCGGUGAGCCCAAAGCAGCUCUGCGGUCCGGGGCUGACAGACAUGCAGCAGUACCACCAGUGGCUCUCCAGUCGACAUGAAGCCAGCCUGCUGCCCAUGAAGGAAGACCUUGCCCUGUGGCUCAGCAACAUUCUUGGUCUGGAAAUCACCGCUGAGAGCUUCAUGGAUCGGUUAGACAAUGGCUUCCUGUUGUGCCAGCUGGCUGAGACGCUGCAGGAGAAGUUCAGGCAGAGUAAUAGAGACCUGCAUGAGCCUGGCAACAGCAAGAAAAAAAUCCCUAAUCGGAGGAUACCAUGCCGACAGAGCGCUCCCUCCGGUUCUUUCUUUGCUCGGGACAACACAGCCAACUUCCUGGCCUGGUGCCGUGAGGUCGGAGUGGGUGAAACAUGUCUCUUUGAGUCUGAGGGCUUAGUUCUGCAUAAGCAGCCGCGAGAGGUGUGCCUCUGUCUACUAGAGUUGGGUCGGAUAGCAUCACGCCACAAUGUGGAGCCUCCAGGCCUUAUAAAACUGGAGAAAGAGAUUGAACAAGAAGAAAGGGCACCUCUACCUCCCCCAUCACCCAUAUCCCCGGCUCCGCCUGUCCCCUUGUCCCCUUCUUCAUCCCCCUCCCCGUCUUCUUCACCGACACCAAUUUCAACUCCAACUGCGACCAAAGUCACUUCGUCCAAGAAGAGCGCAGGCAAGCUCCUGGAUGAUGCCGUGAGACAUAUCGCUAACGAGCCACCCUGCAGGUGCGCAAAUAAGUUCUGUGUGGAAAGACAUUCGCAGGGUCGAUACCGUGUUGGAGAGAAGAUGCUCUUUAUACGGAUGCUGCACAACAAGCAUGUGAUGGUGCGGGUCGGCGGAGGCUGGGAGACGUUCGAGAGCUACCUGCUGAAACACGACCCCUGCCGCAUGCUGCAGAUUUCCAGAGUGGAGGGAAAGAUAUCCCCCAUCAGCACCAAGUCCCCCAACAUCAAAGACCUCGCCCCGGACAGCUACCUGGUGGUGGCGGCCCACUACCGCAGCAAGAAGUGAAGCCCUACAGCAGAGUGGUUCUGGUCACAAAUAGACAUGGUGUAUGUGUGACUUUAAGUCCACACAAAUAACGGGGCUUUGCUAUGCAAAGACGUGGAGAAAACACAGAGAGAACCGACUUGUAAAAUAAUGAUUUGUUAUUUGGGGGGGCAAAAGAAAUAGAAAUCAUGGGUCGUAUAGUUUUCAAUUUAAUUUUGUGCUUUAUCUCAUUUUCUUUAGCUUAGGAAAUCCUCAUACUUUAUUUUGUUCACAAUUACAGUGUAGUGGGUCAAACAGGAGUUUAGCAGGGAAGUUGUAGAUGUUUGUGACAUUUCGUUUUAAUCAUUAGUUAUACUUGAAGCAAGAGUAGGUUCUUUUCAGUGAGUAUUCAGAGGCAUCCUUUGUAAAUCUGACAGUCUACAUGCAGAAGUAUGUCCUUUUCAUGUAAACUAGAGAUGGAUUCAUCAGCACCUUUGUGAAACUAACAUCUUCUCAUGUAAUGCCAUUUUAACACAGUAGGCAGGAGAUAUUCCACAAGUAUCAAUAUUUUGAUGUUUCAAACUAAUUUU